AUGGAGGCCUACCGCAAGGAAGCUGAAAUCCCGUCGCAGGAGUGUGUCUACACUUCGUCCAACGGCGCCCAGCAGCCCCACCCGUACUACGCGCAGCGCGCGGGCUCGGGCGGUGGCUUGCUCCUCCAGGAUUACCACCUGAUCGACCUUCUCGCUCACUUCGACCGCGAGCGUGUGCCCGAGCGUGUCGUGCACGCCAAGGGCGCUGGCGCCCACGGCGAGUUCGAGUGCACCAACGGCCUCGAGGACCUGUGUAUCGCCGGUAUCUUCAAGAAGGGCGCCAAGUGCUCUGUUUCAUGCCGUAUGAGCACCGUCGGAGGCGAGAGCGGCACGAGCGACAACCUGCGCGACCCCCGUGGCUUCUCGAUCAAGUUCCGCACGGACGAGGGUAACUGGGACCUCGUGGGCAACAACACUCCGAUCUUCUUCAUCCGUGACCCGGCCAAGUUCCCUCACUUCAUCCACACGCAGAAGCGCAACCCUCAAACGCACAAGCACCACACGGAUGACGCAACCUUGUACUGGGACUACCUGUCUCAGAACCCCGAGUGCAUUCACCAGAUCGUUUACAUGUUCGGCGACCGCGGCAUCCCCUACGGCGCCCGCUUCAUGAACUCGUACUUCGGCCACACCGUCAAGCUCAUCAACGACAAGCAGGAGUGGGUCUAUGCCCAGUUCCACAUGCUCUCGGAUCAGGGCGAGAAGAACCAGACCGACCCCGACCAGGCUGCCAAGGAGUCUGACGACCUCAUGCAGAACGACCUGUUCGAGUCGAUCGAGAAGGGUGACUACCCCACUUGGACUCUGAAGGUCCAGAUCAUGACCAAGGAGCAGGCGCGUGAGGCUUGGAAGAAGAAGGGCAUCAACGUCUUCGACUUGACCCACAUCUGGCCUCACAAGGACUACCCUCUGCGCGAGAUCGGCAAGAUGACGCUGAACAAGAACGUCGACAACUACUUCGCCGAGGUCGAGCAGAUCUCUUUCUCGCCCGCCCACAUGGUUCCAGGAAUCGAGCCCUCCGAGGACCCCGUCCUGCAGUCGCGUCUCUUCUCGUACGACGACACUGCCCGCCACCGUAUCGGUGCCAACUUCAUGCAGCUGCCAGUCAACCAGCCGACGCCCAAGUACAAGCACGGCAACUUCCAGCGUGACGGCCCUAUGGCUUACUUCAACCAGGGUGCCCGCAGCAAUUACCUCUCGUCGAUCGACCCGAUUCAGUGCCGCCCUCGUGCGGUCAACCUGGACAAGGCCCACGGCGACUUCGUUGCCGAGGCGAUCAGCUGGCUCUCGAUCCUGCGCAAGGAGGACUUCAACCAGCCCGGCGCUCUCUGGCGCGACGUCUUCAACGACGAGCAGAAGUCGCGCUACGUCGACAAUGUCGUCGGCCACUGGAGCACGAUCAAGGACAAGAGCAUCAUCUCGCGCAUGAUCUCGAUCUUCCGCGCCGUCGACCCCGACCUCGGCGCCCGCCUCGAGAAGGCCUCGGGCGUCCAGGGCGGCCCCGACAUCAGCCAGAUAACCUUCAACGGCUCUCACAACGGCAUGGCCGAGCCCGUCAAGGGCGCCAACAGCAUGGAGUACGCCAAGGAGUUCGGUCUCUACCAGUCUGGCUCCGUCACCGACAACCCCCCCGCCAUCCUCCCCGAGCCCGCGUAG